UGUGAGGUACCAGAUUGCUUUACGGAAAAAGGCUUCUCCAAUUUAGUCUGGAAUUGCCCUACUUUAGACGUUUUCGUUGUUCUCAGUCUGUACAAAGAAUCACCAAACUGUUAACAGCGUGGACCAAACUGGUAAAUCAGGCUGCGGAGACAACCGUGUAAUUGGAUCGAAAAAGAAACGGACAACCUCUCAAGCACACAGGAUUCGGAGAUCCAGGGAACAGAUCUGCUAAUGGCAAAGGAAAAGGUAAUAUUGAGGAUAAUGUAUAUAAAAAUAUGCAAGAAUCCCAGGAAACUCACAUAUCCAACCACCUGGAUGAAAUUGUUGCUGCCGUCAGCAUAACACCUAGAAAGAAGCUCCAAAACAAACUGCCUCAGACAGCACUGUUCCAGCCUCCUCGAGAGAAACUCCACCUCUGUGAAGAAAAAGCAAAGUCCUACGCUAACAGUCAUGAGUACAAACAGGCUCUGCCCGAGCUGGUGCGCUGCGUGGCGCUGGCGAGGAUUUGCUACGGCGACGCACACUGGAAGCUGGCGGAGGCGCACGCCAACCUGGCGCACGGCUACCUCCAGCUGACAGGCCUGGCACUGCAAGCAAAACAACACGCGGAAAAAGCCAAAGAAAUCCUCAGCAACUCGAUGGCACCUCCCUACAACGACAAUACAGACGUUUUCAAGUGUUCGGUUGAGCUGUUCCUUACCAUGGGAAGAGCCUUGCUCUCCCUUCAAAAGUUUAAGGAAGCUUCAGAGAAUCUGACGAAAGCAGAGAGACUUUCAAAGGAGCUGCUGCAAUGUGGAAGGAUAAUAAAGGAAGAAUGGAUGGAAAUUCAAGCGCGGAUCAAAUUGUCAUUUGCACAGGUAUAUCAAGGUCAGAAGAGAUCAAAAGAAGCUCUGCCCCACUACCAAGAGGCUUUAGAAUACGUUGAGAUCAGUAAAGGUGAAAAAAGUCUUGAGUGUGUACCAAUAUUGAGAGAAUUGGCAGGUGUAGAACAAGCCCUGGGAUUUCACGAUGCAUCCAUCAACCACCUCUUACAGGCGCAUCUCAUCGUCCUGAGCAGAAACCCCUCUCAAGAGGAGGCAGCCGUGUCCGCCCACUCUGUCGCCUGUGCUGCCGUCGCUUCUGGGAGGCCUGAGCACCAUGAUGUGGCUGAGCAGUAUUUUCAAGAUAGCAUGACUAAUCUUAAGGAUGCUGAAGGGAUGGGACAAGCCAAAUUUCUUUCCAUUCAAGAUGAUUAUUGCCAUUUUCUACAAGUCACUGGACAACAAGAGAGAGCCACCUCGAUCUUGAGAGAGUCCCUGGAGGCCAAAGUGUCAGUGUUUGGCGAUUUCAGUGCUGAGGUGGCAGAGACAUACCGGCUCCUGGGCGGAGCCGACCGGGCACAGGGGAACCAGAGCGGGGCCCACAAGAAACUGAAGAAGUGUCUUCAGAUCCAGACCCUCUUAUACGGACCACAGGACAAGAGGACUCUGGCCACCCAGCAGACCGUGGACGUCCUGUCCAAGGCCCCCGGGAUGGCUGUGAAGCCUCGGCAGCCCCUGAGAGCCAAGGCGGCCUUCUGCACCGGCGGGCUGCAGGCCGGCGGGCUGGGCAAGGCCGGGCCCCACGCAGCCGACUGAGCCCACCCCCACGCCCACCCCCACCGGAAGCUUGGCUCCCGCCUGGGUGCUGACACGUAGGGUGCUCUCUCUAUAAAUCUCUCUCCAUCAGAAGGUGGACUUCAGCAGUCAUUGUACAGACUUUCUAGGCUGUUUGCUCCAAGCGCAACAGCGAUCCCAUAAACCUCCCGUGGGCCACAUUUUAACAGUGUGUAAGGUGAUCGGGUGCUUCUAUAGAGCAUUUUCCUUUUUACCACCUCAGUGGUUUUUCUUGCCAACAAGAAUUUUUACCCGUCAGCACUACUGUGGCUAAAAGGCAUCUCUUCAAAAGUUCAAAACUUCCUGUGCAGGAAAGUAGACACAACAUCUGACUGCGUAUAUAUAUGGCGUAUAGCCCCUUGUGCAGGCCUGGAGUCUGAUUUGGAGCAGGACAAUUCUGGGAAAAGCCCUUUCUUACAGGAAGGUAAUAGGGAUUGAGAAUAAAAUGCUAAUAAAAGGAAAUUUCGAAGUGCUGGGGUCAGCAUCUGUGUGUAAAAUGAAGCCGCCCUGGAGCUCCUCAGAGCCUGAAAACCAGGACGUGCCUCCUCACUCGUGCGCAGGCACUCACUGAAUGUGGGUGAACACCCCGGAGGCACCAGGUGUGUGCUGAGACCCAGGGGCACAGCACACACAGGACACCCUGUCCCCAUCCUCUCAGGGCCUGCCAUCCAGCAUGCACGCUGGUCCCUACACCGACGAC